AUGGUGACAAUGAACCACGACUACACCAAGGGCCAGAUGAUCGGUCUGGCCGUUGGAUUCAUGAUCAUUCCGACCAUAUUUUAUGUGCUUCGAAUAUGGGCGAAGCUGCUUGUCAAGCGAUUUGCGUGGGAUGACUACCUCGCGGGGUUUGCGCUGACCAAGUUUGCACUGAACAUGAUAUCCAUUCUGGGCUUGGGCCUAGUCAAGUCGUCCAUCUUGGUGCUGUACCGGAGCCUCUUCCCAAGUCGCAGGUUUCACUAUGUCGUUUAUGCUGCGCUUGCUUUCGUCAUUGGCUGGACCGUCAGCUUCUUCUUCUCUCAUUUGUUCACAUGCUACCCCAUCACCGUCUUCAUCGAACCUUACUACGGCAACUCCUGCGUGCAGACGGUGCCAAUGUUCCUGGCGCUGCUGUUCACCGACGUGGUGGCCGACUUCGCGAUCCUUAUACUUCCAAUCCCGAUGGUCAUAAGGGUAAGAAUGCCGCUAAAGAAGAAGUUGGCUGUGAUCGGGAUGCUCGGGUUGGGCGCAGCGUAA